GCAUCCUCAGCAUCAACACCAACCGUUGCUAAUCUUACUCUUAACUAUGACAACAAGAGCUGAGGGGCAAUUCACUGAACUGAUUCAGGGCUGGAUCAUGUGGUGAUGAGCGGUGUGCCAUGCAGAGGAGACACAGCAGUAACACGGAUGGCAUGCCCUCUGAAAGGAGCCGAAGCCAAACUCUGGGAUCAGAGAGCAGCCUGGAUGAGGGUGGUGUGUUCGACUGCCUGAAGCCUGACUCACCCGCGUCACCCCAGCAAAUCUUCUCCGGCCUGGUGGGUGUCCCUUCCGGCUCUGUCUCCUCCGCCCAAUUCCAGGCAGCCGGCUUAGUCCUCGGCUCUCCCCCUGAAGUUUUCAUCCAGAUGACCGCAUCAUCCAGAGAAGAAGGUGGACCCCACCGCUCGGAGGGUGGUCCUUUUCUCCCUCGGCCUCCCCCGCACCACCAUCACCACCACCACCACCACUUCCACCACCAGCCCCUUCAGCACAGGACCUCCUCUCUGCUGCAGCAGGCCACCACGGCGGCCGGCUCGGAGAGGCACGGCUCCAGGGAGGAGGCCCAGGAAGACCCGUCCACCCCGGCCCCGGCCCUGUCUGAGCUGAAGGCAGUAGUCACCUGGCUGCAGAGGGGUUUCCCCUUCAUCCUCAUUCUGCUGGCUAAAGUCUGCUUUCAGCAUAAGCUAGGUAUUGCUGUGUGUGUGGGGAUGGCCAGUACAUUCGCCUACGCCAAUUCCACUUUUAGGCACCAAGUGUCAUUACGGGAGGAACGCUCUGUAUUGGUUGCUCUUUGGAUCUUAAUGUUCCUGGCAGGAAAUAUCGUCUAUAUCUACUACACAUUUAGUCACGAGGAGCUGCACAACAGCCUCAUAUUCGCCAAGCCCAACCUCAACAGCUUUGACUUCUUUGAUCUGAUCUGGGCAGUGGGCAUCACUGACUUUGUCCUGAAAUACUUCACCAUCGGCCUGAAAUGCUUUGUCCUCUUUUUGCCGAAAAUUCUCCUGGCCUUCAAAUCCAGGGGGAAGUUCUACCUGCUGAUUGAGGACCUGAGCCAGCUGUUUCGGGCCCUGGUGCCCAUCCAGCUGUGGUACAAGUACAUCAUGGGAGAAGACCCCUCUAACAGUUACUUCCUGGGAGCCACACUCAUCAUCAUCUACACCCUCUGCAAGUCCUUUGACAUCUGUGGACGUGUAUCUGCCAUAUGCAAGGCCAUGGUCAUCCUUUGCAGCUCCCAGAGUUAUGGAGUGAGGGCCGGCAGCCAGCAGUGCAGCGAGGCGGGCGACAUCUGUGCUAUUUGUCAGGCAGACUUCAGAGAUCCCAUAGCCCUCCUUUGUCAGCACGUGUUCUGUGAGGAGUGCCUGUGUUUGUGGUUCGACCGGGAGAGAACGUGUCCGCUGUGUCGCUCGACUGUCAUUGAGACCCUGCGAUGCUGGAAGGACGGCACCACCUCAGCUCACUUCCAGAUCUAUUAAGCUAUGACAGCGUAUAUCGUAUACACACACAAAAGUGCAUUUGUGCUGUAAUGCAAGUGAGACAAUGGUGUGUCAUAUUUCUUUGUUUAUCUUAGUGAAGUAAUUCUUUAAACCAGGUUUAAGCAUAAUUGCAGUAACACACAUUUGUAGGGGGCUUUUGAUUUUAGAGGAAUUUUGAAAAUACCAGAAUAAUCAAAUUAUUAAGUGGAGCAUGUGAAGCUGGUGGUAGCAGCCAUGGGCAUAGACAUGAAGCUGCACUAUUGUCUGUUUUACAGUUGGACUGUUGUCAUACAGCAAUAGUCCCAAUUAUUUUGUACAUGUUGACUUAGACACUGUUGUAAACUGUGAACAUUUAUUUUACACUAGACAUUAUAAAAGAAUGUUGCUUUAAUUUAAUGUGGUGGUAAUGUAAAUAGUCACAGCAUUUCACACUUCUUCUGUAUUCUUUAUGGUUUGGCAUUUCUGUAUAGUGUCUGUUAUUACUCAUUUACAAAAUACUACAAUAUACUUAAUUUUUGUUUGGUAUUUAGUUUAAAAGUUUGCAAUGCUUAUUUUUAAUCAAGCAAAAUGAAAUGUCUCACAGAAUGGAUUGUAGGUAGAAAAUCACUUCAAACAUUUGUUCUUGGUGAGCAAACAAUUGGGUUAUUUAGAUACUGAAUUGAAUGGUGUGUGACUUUGAAUUAUCUGGACUGUAACAUGACAUAGCAUAAUUGUUUGUGGUGCCAUCCUCGCACCAUAAUCUUAACAUUUCGAUGCAGAAGGUGUGGUGCAGAUGAUAAGGUCAGUAGUAUGUGACUUUCUUCUUUCUUUUCAGACAUGAGUUGGAGCUCUCUGUAAGUAUUGUUAAUAUGAGUAAUUUCCUCUAGAAGAAUUCAUUGUUGGGUUGCAUAAUGUCAAGAGGUUUUCAGUUUUUAAUGAAAGCACUUUA